AUGCCGCUUUAUUGCGACGAACCGUACCGGGUGUGUUCUGAUCUGGAUUACGAAAUCGACAGUAACCCAACGCCGAGUGAUGUGCUAGUCGUCAGUAUCACCGAGAACGGACCAUACAGCUACCAGUCACCACCGGGAUCGCAGUGCUUCUGUGGGUUAACGGUUACAUUACUGAAAGGUUUUGCUCUGGAUUUACGACUAAGGUUGUUGCUGAUUCCCGAUCGAAGUGCUUACUUCAACACUUCAGAGAACGGUUCCCCUAAUGACGUAAUCAACGGACGAGCGGAUGUGAGUGUGUGUGGCCUGUCAGUUACCGCUCCUCGAUGGACGGAAUAUGAUUUUGUGCCGUUCUAUCUAUUGCGAGUCUAUCAUGUUGCCGUCCAUCGACGGCACAUUAUCCAUAGCGAAGCGAUUUCUAUACUGGAUGGCUUAGCCAAUUGUUUUGAUCGGACAGCCUGGAUAGGAAUUGCAAUGCUGUCGGUGGUAAUAUACUUAACGGUUUUCGGUAUAAAUCUGCCAGUGAGCCGUGCGCCUAAUGUCCCACACAAUCGAUUUCGGUUGUUAUUGCAAAUAUGGAAGAGUGCUGCGGCAUCGCUGUGGGAUUUCCUUACUAUUGCACUUGGUGGAGAUUUCUAUCAACCGAAACCGGAAUUCACAACAUACAGCAUCUUCUUGCUAAGCUGGAUCCCAUGGAUGAUGGUCGUCUGCUCCAUAAUCACUACCUCACUGACCGCCACCCUCAGUGUCAGCAUCGCCACACCGCCAUUUUCGUCGUUUAACGGGUUUAUGGAAUCACCAUUCUAUUUAGCGACGCGGAUAAUAGAUGCUACCCCCGAUGGUAUUCCGUAUGAAGCACGAAAAACCAAAACCAUCGUAACGGGGAACGCAGUCACGGACGACAUCAUACUGGAUCGGGUGGCGGAGUCAGGCCAGCAGAUUGCCGUUGUUUGCUAUUAUGACGAAGCUGUCAGUUGUGUCAACAAGGGAUUUGUGCCGGUGUUUCCCGCAGAAAAUCAGCGCUGGAUCAGUGUUAUACAGAGCAAGAAAAACCGGUCUUUUAUGAAAGCCAUGCAGCGAAAAAUGCUGAUGUUAGCACAGACCGGCAUCACACGACACUUAAUGGGCAUCCACAAGGUCAUAACGUACGCCGACAAAUCCGCCGCUCUAACGACAUACCGUCACCUCAUUGUAAAGAAACGAGGUGCUGCCAACGUUCUCAGCUGGCAACGACUGGACCGUGUGUUCUACGUCACAAUGGCUCUUUACAGCGUGUCAUCGACGACAGGGCCUAAAAACUUGUGCUCACAUAGCACAAAAUGUGCUCGCAUAGAGGUGCAUGUGCUCACCUAGAUCGCAACUUGUGCUUAAAAAUUGUCAAUACUCCCCCCUUCUGUGUAA